AUGGUUACAACGGCAUCGGCCACAGUCUCAGAGGAGACUUCUCAACAUCAACAUGCGACGACGGAACGUCAUGUGGCCAAGGACGCAGCGGUUCCAGCUGUUGCUGCGUCGACGGUGAUGGAGGAGGCCGGCGAGACUGAAAAUCAAGCACCGAAGCGUUCCCUCUGGAUCGCAUGGCUUUACAUGUUCGACUGGUAUCCUUCACAUCUUUCGAAACAGGAGAAGAAGUUUCUGCGAAAACUUGAUGCUUUUCUGCUCACGUUCACAUCACUAGCCUUCUUCUUGAAGUGGCUGGAUUCUUCCAACAUCAACUCCGCCUACGUCUCUGGCAUGAAAGAAGAAUUGAAGCUUUUUGGAAAUGAAUACUCCAUGUUCCAAACGUUCUACAACAUCGGCUACAUCAUCUGCCAAGUCCCAGCAAUGCUACUACUUUCCCGACCCAAAUAUUCCCGAUACUUUCUGCCAACUAUGGAGGUAUUGUGGAGCGUAUUGACAUUCGCUCAAUGCAAGCUUCAAACCGCUCCUCAGAUCUACGGCACCAGGUUCCUACUCGGCGUACUCGAGACCCCAGUCGCAUCAGGUUCUCUGUUCAUCUUAUCCUCAUGGUAUAAGCCCGAAGAACUCUUCAAGCGCGCGGGCUUGUGGUAUGUAUCAAAUAACAUUGGUGUGAUGUUCGGUGGAUAUCUUCAAGCGGCAGCUUACAAGAACCUAAACGGGGUUCAUGGUAUGGCAGGAUGGCGCUGGCUAUUCAUCAUCGACGGCUGUAUCAGUCUUCCCAUUGGAAUCGCUGGCUACUUCAUUUUCCCCGGCAUGCCAACCAGCGGCAAGCCAUGGUGGCUUACUCAGGAAGAACAUGAAAUCGGCCAGCGAAGAAUGCGAGAGGAAGGCAUCGAAGAGCCCAAGAAGAUCAGCAUGCAGAUGUUCAAGCGCGUCUUUGGUCACUGGCACUGGUACAUUGGCGUUCUCGCCUACGUGUUAUUCCUGUCAGGAGCGUACCCUCACGGCCAAAUGGCUCUAUGGCUCAAAGAUCAAGCAGACAAAUGGGGCAUUUAUACGGUACCACAGAUCAACACCAUCCCCACAGGAGCUCAGGGGGUUUCAGUCGUGGCGGCAGUGUUGGCCACAUCUCUGUGCAUGGUGUAUCCCACGUGGGUCAUCUUCCAGAUCGUCAUGGCCAUCUUCAUGUUUGCGAACAUUGUGCAAAUGGUUUGGUUCGUGCCGCAUGGUCUGCACUUUGUGUCUUACUAUCUCUUCGGCGUCAGUGCAGCCGUCACGCCCAUCUUGGUACCAACCGUGAACUACUGGCUCAAAGAUUCGGCUGAGGCACGCGCAUUCUGCACAGGAAGCAUGCUGACGCUCGGUUUCGCGAUCUCAAGCUUCUACCCUCUUGUCGUCUUUCCAGUGGUAGAGGCUCCCCGGUGGAAAAAGGGCUACAUCGUCAACUUCUUCUUCAUUCUAGGAUGCUGGGCUUCUCUCACGACUGGUUUCUUCCUAUAUCGCAAGCAAGAGAAGAGGCAGAAACAGCUGGAUCUUGACGAAGAGAACCUUAAAGGUGCCGAUGUCAAGCACGUGGAUUAG